UCGGAGGAUGUACAGUAAAUCUAAUUGACCCUAACUCUAUCGAAAAGCAAAAGAGCCGUUUUUUGGUUGGAUCUUUGGCGAUUGGCGAGGACAACCAAGAUCACGGAGCCGUCACCGGUCAUCGGGUGUGUUUUGCAUCAUUGGGCAUUGGGACGAUCAUCUCUCUUGAGUCUUCCGCAUCCUUCUUUAGUAAAGCCGAGUCGAGUCCUCAGUCAUAGCACACCAUCUGAAAGGGUGGUCAAAGGUCUGUGAGACCAGAAGGUUCACUGCUUAUCCAUUGGAGAAGAGAAGGUUGCAAUUCUACGUCUACCUUUUUGAUUGUCUGUCUGCCAUCUCCCUUCUGAACAUCACAAGACCACUCCAAGCACAAGGAGUGGUACAAUUUCCUCGGGAUAGUGAUGUUGUUUCGAUCUGGGCAGGUUGCCAACGAACAACAACAACGCCGCCGAAGCAGCAGCAGCAGCAGCAGUAUUGCCAGCAGUAACAGGAAUCUGAAUCGCAGAAAGAACAACAUGAGUACGCAACGCACUCGGACAGCCGAACGAUUGGCUGCAGCAGCGGACAGGCAUACCGAGCUGAAGAAUCGGGGUGUAGAAUUGGAUGUGCUCAAGGACAAAUUCAAGACUUUCACGGAACAGUUCAAGCCCUUCUCCAUUGCUCUCAAGAACUAUCAUGCUUCCUUGAUCAAUCUAGAACACAACCGAUCAGAGAUGCUCCAACAAAUUGAAAUCUUCACCAAGGGAACACCCCUGUUUGCUCAUGCUGGCAAGGGCAACAAGGUAUUGGUAGCCGCACCGACCUGGGCCAAAACCUUUCAAAACAAAAAGGAGCAUUCCUACUGUAGCAUGUCACGACAAAUGUCGGCACUCAAUACACAAUACGCCGAUUAUAUCGACGAAUACUGCAUCGAGUACAUUAAUGAAUGGGAGAUUGUCGUCAAUACACGCAUCCAAGCGGGCAUUUCCAAAUCCGAAGAACUGAAAAAGGAUUGGCUCCACUACGACAAAAAAGUUCAACAACUGCUGGAUUCCGAAGCCAAAAUAAACGACAGGGGCAAGGAGCUCGAUGACAAGGCCAAGGACAAACUCAAACGCAAUCAAGAAAAACUGGAUAUCGCAAAGACCGAAUACGACAAGUAUGCUACUGGUGUCUGCAAUCUCAUUGACUCGGCGUUGGAUUGUGCCUGGAUGGAUAUGACACCCAUCGUCUAUCGAUUGGCCAAUAUGGAAUUGGAUCGCAUGGGUGGUGAAAAGGACUGUCAGGUGUUUGCCCAAUCAUUGAUUGAUUUGGUCGACAAGCUAAAGAAAUUUGCUCUGGAAAAGGCAAUAGACUUGACCGAGCCCGAUGCCACAGCCAAGAAAGCACCGGCGUCGGCAUCCAAACCAACAAAGAAACUGCAAGAGUUGCCGUCUCCACCCAAGCCCAAGCCACAAGUCAAAAAGAAUCGAUCCUUUUCGCCCAAAAAGACAACAAGUAGCAACAGCACUGUUGCCUCGUCGAACACUGCCCCCAAAAAGCCCGUUGCAAAAAAGGCAAGUAGCAAUAGCACUGUUGCCUCGAGAAAGUCACCAGAAAAAAAGGCAGCAACUAGCACUAGCAUUGUUGCCGCGAAAAAGCCCGUGGCAAAAAAGGCUACCGGUAGUAGCAAUAGCACUGCCUCGAAAAAGGCCCCGGCAAAAAAGACAUAAUAGAAAGACAUUUGGUCACUCAAAAUACUUGCAUUGCUAGCUGGUACCGAUAGCUCUUUUGUUUGUCAGUAACAUGAUAUCUCGUCCCCAUACCGUCAUCAUGUAGCUCUUGGAAACCCCAGGGCCCAUUCUAGCUAGCUAGAGUACAUGUA